UGAUGACGUAUCAGGAAGUUUACCGGUGCCGCUGUGAUGGUUUACUGAGGGGAAAAGUUGACUUUAUUCAUUAAAUUAACCACCCAACUCGAUAGGGACUGCUUGCGGCGAUGCAGUCGUCCGUGCGAGAGAUCCACGUCUCAUCAGAAGCAGACACCUCCUACUUCCUGCGUGUGGACAGGGGUGGGCGGGGCUUGGUGUCAGGCUUCCAGUUGAUGCUGACUGAUGGACAAGAUGCUUGGAGAGGAGAAGUGAGCAAGGCAAUGAUGGGCCAGGAGGUAGCCGAAUUGGAGAUGCCCGAGGACGCGUACAUCCAGGACCUCCAGCAGGCGCUGACUGAGACGGAAAGCUCUGCCUCUUACCACUUCACCCUCUCGCCGUCUCCGCCCAGUCAGAGCGCGCCACUCACGCUGACGUACAACAAAGUUCUAAACGACAUCUCGUUCAGGUUGGGCUCGGCCUUAUUGAGCCCGCUCCCGGAGCCCGCAGAGGCCGUGAGAGGAUUGCUGACACACAGUCUGGAGAGACGAUCCGCCCUGGAGCACCAAAACCAGGAUCUGGAGGGGCAGAACCGACGACUGAGACAAGAGCAUCAACGCAUCACGGCAGAACUAAAACGCUACGCAGACGGCAAAGAAGACCUGGAGGCAGAGCUUUACUCCAGAUUCGUCCUGGUCCUGAACGAGAAGAAAGCCAAGAUCCGCAGUCUGCAGGACACACUGAGAGAGCUGCAGGAAGUGAAGGCUGCGGAGCAAAAGAAGGAGCCGCUCAAACGGGACCGAGCAGAAACGGAGGAGGAAGACGAAUAUGGUGGCAGCACUGAUGACGAGCAAGAGGACCGUAGCCCUUCGCUGGUCGCCAUUGCACCUUCUCGUGAGACGCUGUCCUCCUCUCCAAGCCCAUUGGACGACAUGUUGAGUGACAUCACAGACGUGGCGCCCUGUCGCAAACGACGCUUCCGUCACCUUGCGGGCUCAGACGCAGCGAACAAGCCACCACUUCAGAUGCUGAGCUCCCAGAAGACGAGCAGGAACGACUCCCCCGCAGCAGCCAAUCAGCAGCCUGCGCCGUCACAGCGCCGUUCCGAUGUGUCAGCAGCAGCAGAGGACCUGUUUGAGGACUUCUGACCCCCCACAGCAUAACCACGUGGUUACACAGGGAUGUAAGAACCGCUGGAAGUGUCUGUUGCAAAGGACUGAGCGGACACCUCAAAUGGGACAUCUUUCAACAUGAAGGGACUUGAAGGGACUUGGCUAGCCUGAUAGAAGCACAUGAACACACUUUAGAGACCCCCCGUACCCCCACCCCCAACCCUGAUGGACCACUAGAGGCUCCCAGUGGACCAUCAGGAUGCAAGGUAACAUGUAAAUAACAUCUAUGUAACAUCUAUUGGGGGGGGGGGGUCAUGAGUAAAAGUCGCCCAUCUGGGGUCCCUUGAGUUUCCCACCCUUGGGUCCCCUGAGGACAGAAUAAGUCUUCUCCCAUAAACGGCUAUGAAGACCUAAGCACAUUUGACUUUACUUUUUUUGCUUGGAGCUCUUGGUCAACUUGAGUUCUAAUAAAAAAUACCAAACGUUAAUUAAUGUUAAUUAAAAAGUUAAUGAUGUCACUGUUAAUUAUGUGCUUAGAAAAAUACAAACAAUAAAAUAUUCAUUUUCUACCGCUAAUCCUCACGAGGGUCACAGGGGUGCUGGAGCCUAUCCCAGCGGUCUUGGGGCGAGAGGUGGGGUCCACCCUGGACUGGUGGUCAGCCAAUCACAGGGCACAUAUAGACAAACAACCAUUCCCACCCACAUUCGUACCUAUAUUCAUACCCUCGACCAUCUCUAUGUGGAGUUUGCAUUCCAAGGGGGGGUUAUAAAUGAAGUCAAUGGAACGUUUUUGUUCUCCAGCGGCAUGGAAGGGUGGGAAAUGUGGAUUAUGACACCGCAUAAGAAAACAACAAAAUCAACUUUACUACUAAUCUUAUGUAUAGUUUGACAUAGAGCACCGCCCCCCCAACAUCUAGAGAAUAAUAUGUAUUUUUACAGUGACCUCAUAUGGACUCUUAGACGGUUAAAACCCCAGAAAUAUUUACGUUGAAAACGUGUUUGUAUAGCGGUCUUUGGGAGUAGCCUUCUUUGUCCUCUAGGGGCCUGGAAGGGUGGGACAUUGUGUCCGGGCGUCUGGUUGGACCUGGAAGGGUGGGACAUUGUGUCCGGGCGUCUGGUUGGACCUGGAAGGGUGGGGCAUUGUGUCCGGGCGUCUGGUUGGACCUGGAAGGG